GCGCAGAAAAAGGAAGCAGCAGCUUUGAUCGGGUGGAGUUUCUUGCUCACUGAUCGUCGAGUUCCUGUUCGAUCGAAGUUCCAGGUGCGCACGUACGCACUGAAGCCUUUGGGGUCCGUGACGAUGUCGAGGAGAGCCGCAGCGUUGUUGCUCGCGUGCCUCGUCGCCGUGACAGCGGCGGCGCUGGCGGACGGCGCGCUGCUCCCGUGGUUCGGCGGCGGCCGGCGCGGGCUCGACGAGGCAGCGGUGUCCGACGUGGGCCUCCUGGCGGCCGACCCGUUCCGGAUCCUGGAGCACGUCCCGUUCGGCUUCGACCGGGACGACGUGGCCAUGGUCUCCAUGGCGCGCGUGGACUGGCGCGAGACCCCCGACGCGCACGAGAUCGUGGUCGACGUGCCCGGGAUGCGCAGGGAGGACCUCAGGAUCGAGGUCGAGGACAACAGGGUGCUGCGCGUCAGCGGCGAGCGGCGGCGCGCGGAGGAGCGCAAGGGCGACCACUGGCACCGCGAGGAGCGCUCCUACGGCAGGUUCUGGCGCCGGUUCCGCCUCCCCGAGAACGCCGACCUCGACUCCGUCGCCGCCAGCCUCGACAGCGGCGUCCUCACCGUGCGAUUCAGGAAGCUGGCGCCCGAGCAGAUCAAGGGCCCGCGCGUCGUCGGGAUCGCCGGAGGAGACGGUGGCGCCGAGGCGAAGGAGAGCAUCGGAACUGGCGCCGGAGAUGGUCAUCAGACCAAGAAGGUGGAGCUCUGAACAGUGAGGUGGGAAUUGGGAUGACUCAAUGACGGAGAUGGCUCUGCGCGUGUGCGUAGUUUUACUAGUUUAUGUGUUCGCGUUUUUCUUUUUUGUGACAGCGUAUAUGCACUUGUAUGGAGUGGAAGUGUGCCAUGUUUUACUGAGGAAUAAAAACCUACAGUACUAGUGUACU